UGAGCAUUUUCUAGUGUUGUGCACUACUGUCACCCGAAUAUCAAACUGUCAAAGACUUUCGUUUUUGGCUUAUAUAAACCCACCCUAAGUACAUUGUUGAUCAAUCAUCGGGUCUGAUCUAGAAGAGAAAAACUUCUUGCUUUAUCUUGCUUGUCAUUGUUCUUUGUUGAUAUACAUCUCUGUGCAUGGCUAGCCACGAUGCGCCGCCGUCGCCGUUGCCGCCGCCGGCCACAGGGAGGAAGGUGACGGUGCUGACCAUCGACGGAGGCGGAAUUAGGGGCCUCAUCCCCGGCACGAUCCUCGCCUUCCUCGAAUCAAAGCUCCAAGAACUCGACGGGCCGGGCGCACGGCUGGCCGACUACUUCGACUACAUCGCCGGAACCAGUACCGGCGGCCUUAUCACGGCGAUGCUCGCCGCCCCGAACAAGGACAAGCGCCCGCUCUUCGCCGCCGAGGAGAUCAACACGUUUUACCUGGAGAACGGGCCACACAUCUUCCCUCAAAGGGGGAACUUUACAAACACAUUGCUCGAGCUCAAGGGGCCAAAGUACGAUGGCAAGUUCCUGCACUCCAAGAUACAGAGCCUCCUAGGCGCAACCAAGCUCCAUGAGACCCUCACCAACGUCGUCAUCCCCACCUUCGACAUCAAGAACCUCCAACCCACCAUCUUCUCCACCUUCGACGCCCAGACCCUGCCUCUGAAGGAUGCGCUCCUCUCGGACGUGUGCAUCGCCACAUCGGCGGCGCCGACCUACCUUCCCGCCCACUUCUUCCAGACCAGAGACGACACCGGCAAGACCCGCGACUUCAACCUCAUUGACGGCGGCGUCUCGGCAAACAAUCCAACAAUGGUAACAAUGAGCCAGAUAUCGCGGAAAAUGAUCGUGGACAAGCAGGAGUUCUUCCCAGGGGGCCCGAUGGACUACGACAAGUUCCUGGUCAUCUCCAUCGGGACCGGCUCGGCCAAGAACGCAGAGAUGUACACCGCCAAGGAGGCCGCCGGGUGGGGCAUCCUGUCGUGGCUGCACAGCAAGGACGGGUACACCCCCAUCGUCGACAUGUUCAGCUACUCCAGCGCCGCGCUCGUGGACUACAACGUCUCCAUCCUCUUCCAAGCGCUCCGCAGCGAGAAGAACUACCUGCGCAUUCAGGACGAUUCUCUGAACGGCACGGCGGCGACCGUGGACGUCGCGACCAAGGAGAACAUGGAGGAGCUGAUCAGGAUUGGGGAGAGGAUGCUCGCGAAGAUGGUGAGCAGGGUGGACAUGGAGACGGGCAAGCCCGUGCCGGUGCCCGAAGAAGGGACCAACGCCGACGCGCUCACCCGCUUCGCGCACCAACUCUCCAAGGAAAGGAAGGCGAGGAUAUCGAGCCAGCCUAGAGGCAUUAGUGCUUUGUGAUAUAGACGUGUGUGCUACUUACAUUACGUAUGGCCAAAUUGCAUCCCUAUGCGUGUGCGUGUGUGAAAUUUCAUUUUUUUCAAAGAUAAUUGCUAAAUCUUACCUAAGUGUUUUUGUAAUUGUGCGUUUGUUUUGCCAGUUUGUGUGCAGAGUAAUGGUAUUCGCCAUUUUCCUUCUUCUUCUGGAUCUUGAAGGUUUGGUGUGUAUAGA